CGUCAACAUGCUGGACCCGUCCUCUAGCGAAGACACGGGCGGGGAGUCCGACCCAGAAGUUGCCCAAGAGCCUCCGAGGAAACCGUCCGCAUUCUUGGUGGCCGGAAAGCGGGGAAACAUCGGUCGGGCUGGCGCCCAGCAGCUGCAGGGCGCCGAAGCUGGUAAAGGUGCCAAAGACUCCCCGUCUGCAGGUGACGAUGAGGAGAGGAAGGGGCGAGAGCGCGUUCAGAAGGAGGAAAAGGAGGGGAGAACCAAGCUGCAGAUUUAUGUGUUUGUUAUGCGGUGCAUUUCCUACUCGUUCAACGCCAAGCAGCCCACCGACAUGGCCCGAAGGCAGCAGAAGGUUAACAAGCAGCAGCUGCAGACAGUGAAGGAGCGCUUCCUGAACUUCCUUAAUGGAGAAACUCAGAUUGUGGCUGAUGAAGCUUUUUGCAAUGCUGUGAGAAGCUACUAUGAGGGCUUCUUAAAGAGUGAGCGAGUUUCCCGAAUGGUUCAAAGUGGUGGGUGCUCGGCCAAUGACUUUCGUGAGGUUUUUAAGAAAAACAUUGAGCGACGGGUCCGCAGCCUUCCGGAGAUUGAUGGCCUGAGUAAAGAGACCGUGCUGAGCUCCUGGAUUACCAAGUAUGAUGCCAUCUACCGUGGGGAGGAAGACCUGCGUCGCCAACCACAGCGGGCACACCUGAGUGCUGUGUCAGAACUCAUCCUCAGUAAGGAGCAGCUGUAUGAGAUGUUCCAGCAAAUACUAGGCAUCCGCAAGUUUGAGCACCAGCUGCUAUAUAAUGCCUGUCAGCUUGACAAUGUGGAUGAACAAGCUGCACAGAUCCGCAGGGAGCUGGACGGGAGGUUACAGCUGGCUGAGAAGAUUGUCAGGGAAAAGAAAUACCCAAAGUUUGUCUCUGCUGACAUGGAGGCUUUGCACAUUGAAGAGUUAAGUUCUUCUGUCAACUUGCUGAUGGCUAACUUGGAAAGUCUGCCUGUGUCUAAAGGAGUUCCAGACUUCAAGCAGAAGCUUAAACGCUCCUCCAUGAAUAACUCUUUCUUGGAUAUAGGGGACGAAGGAGACAACCUGUCCAAAUCGAACAUUGUGCUGUCCUUUAAUUUAGAGGUUGUUAUUGUUGAGGUCCAGGGGCUGAAGUCAGUUGCUCCAAAUCGAAUUGUUUACUGCACCAUGGAGGUGGACGGGGGAGAAAAGCUGCAGACUGACCAAGCAGAAGCCUCAAAACCACAGUGGGGUACUCAGGGAGACUUCACUACGACUCAUCCCCUGCCUUUGGUCAAAGUAAAGUUCUUUACAGAAAGCACUGGUGUCUUGGCUCUGGAGGACAAGGAACUGGGCAGGGUGGUCCUGAACCCCACCACGAGUGGACCAAAGCAAGCAGAGUUCCAUAGGAUGGUGGUCCCAAAAAACAGCCAGGACACAGAUCUGAGGAUCAAACUAGCAGUCCGCAUGGGCAAACCUCCCAACAUGAAGCAUAGUGGGUACCUGUAUGGUCUAGGACACAGAGUCUGGAAACGCUGGAAAAAAAGAUAUUUUGUUCUUGUUCAGGUGAGUCAAUACACAUUUGCAAUGUGCAGCUACAGAGAGAGGAAAGCUGAGCCUCAGGAGCUGAUGCAGCUGGAGGGGUACACUGUGGACUACUGCGACCCUCAGACAGGUCUGCAGGGUGGUCGGGUGUUUUUUAAUGCAGUAAAGGAGGGUGACCUGGUGACGUUUGCCUGUGAUGACGAGCAGGACAGAGUGCUGUGGGUUCAGGCUAUAUACAGAGCCACUGGACAGUCGUAUAAACCAAUCCCACCAAUACACAACAAAAGUACAAACUACAAAGAAGAAAACAUGAAGCCAUCAGCUAUCAGUCUGGAUCCAUCUCAGUGUCAGGGUGUGGAGGACUUGAUCUCUGCAGCUCCAAGUAGCUUUGACCAUGCUGCUCUGUUCACCGUCUUACAGAAACACACUUUGCAGCACCGCAUGAACGACUCUUUCUCCUGCCUGGGUUGGUUCAGUCCUGGCCAAGUGUUUGUCCUGGAUGAGUACUGUGCUCGGUAUGGUGUCCGAGGUUGCCACCGCCACCUGAGCUACCUUAAGGAUCUUAUGGACUAUGCGGAGAACAGCGUGCUGGUUGACCCCAUGCUGCUACAUUACAGCUAUGCUUUCUGUGCCUCACAUAUCCAUGGAAACAGGCCCGAUGGGACUGGGACAGUGACUUUGGAGGAGAAGGAGCAGUUUGAGGCCAUCAGAAGUCGUCUCAUUGUUUUGUUGGAGAACCAGAUAACCCACUUUAGGUACUGCUUUCCCUUUGGACGACCAGAUGGGGCCUUGAAAGCCACACUUUCACUUCUGGAACGAGUUCUGAUGAAAGACAUCACCACACCUGUUCCUUCAGAGGAGACAAAGAGACGGGUCCAAAAAUGUUUGGAAAAGGCGGCCCAGAUCAACUACAGUCAACUGAUGGAUUAUACUCAGAUAAAUGUCAAUCCAGAAGAAGUACCAGAGAAAAGACUGGAGGACAUGUUGAGGUUUGGAGAGCUGUGCAUUGAAGUCCUGCAACAGAAUGAAGAACAUCACUCAGAGGGAAGAGAGGCUUUCUCGUGGUGGCCAGAGCUGAUGGCGGAACAUGCUGAGACGUUUCUCUCUCUGUACAGAGCUGACAUGGAUUCUGCUCUACAGGUCCAGCCUGUUGAUUCCUGGAACAGCUUCCCACUAUUUCAGCUCUUAAACAAUUUUCUUCAAGCAGAAUCUCAUCUUUGCAAUGGACCAUUCCACAAACACCUGCAGGAUCUGUUCAUCCCUCUGGUGGUGCGAUACAUUGAUCUCAUGGAAACAUCUAUUGCCCAGUCCAUCCACCGUGGCUUUCAGCAGGAGACCUGGCAGUCAGUCAAAUUGUUAGCUAACAAUCUUCCUAAAGUUCCGAGCCUUCCCCUCACUUUGCCACAGAUGCCCAGCUUCUCUGUGCCUGCUUGGAUUGGACCUCUCUAUGAGAACACCUUGCAAGGCGUAAAUCUACCAGAUAUUUAUAAUGGAUCAGCCACCUCUGAGGAUUUGUUCUGGAAGUUGGAUGCUCUGCAGAUGUUUGUGAUGGACCUCCACUGGCCAGAGCAAGAGUUUGCCAAACACCUGGAGCAAAGACUCAAAUUGAUGGCCAGUGACAUGAUGGAGGCAUGUGUUAAAAGGACAAAAUCUGCAUUUGAUGCCAAAAUGCAGAAAAUGAGUAAGUCUACAGAAUUCCGGGUGCCACGGUCUGUCUGCACCAUGUUCAACAUGUUGUUGGAUGCUAAGAAGCAGUGCUCCAAACUCUGUGUGCUGGACUGCAAUCAAGAGACUGACAUACAAUGGCAACAGUACCACUCCAGGAUUGAUGUUCUGAUAGAUGACACAUUCAAAGAAAUGAUUGUAUCCCUCAUAUCAAAGUGUACUGUGGUUUUGGAAGGUGUCCUCUCCAAGCUGUCAAGAUAUGAUGAAGGCACAUUCUUCUCCUCCAUCCUGUCCUUCACAAAACCAGGUAUGGAUCUGGCAGACACCUACAUCGUAUUCGUUCGGCAGAAUCAGGACAUCCUUCGAGACAGUAUCAACGACGAGGUCUGCAUCGAGAAGGUGUUUGAUCAAUGGUAUGCAAGCUCCAUGAGGGCUGUGUGUGUUUGGCUGACUGACAGACUGGACCUGCAGCUCCACAUUUACCAGCUUAAAGUACUCAUCAAAAUUGUUAAGAAGACCUACCGUGACUUCAGGCUACAGGGUGUGCUGGAUGGCACACUCAAUAACAAGAGCUACGAGACCAUCUACAACCGGCUGACGGUGGAGGAGGCCACUGCAGCAGUCAAGGCAGGCAAUGGCCUCCAGGGCUUCAGCAUGAGAGACAGCGAUGAAGAGGACAGCUAAACCCAAACACACCUUGUCCUUUCACACAGAAUCAUGAGCAUCCUCUCUGACAUUUAACAACUUUGUCUAAUGCUUAUUUAGUAGUUCACACAAAACUUUAUGUAGCAGGAAAUACUAUUAAUGAUUAUACAAAAUUCAACAAAAUUAAUUCAGAGAAUGGAAAAAAGAUGUGUACUGUUUGUCAUGUGUUAGCAUCUAAAAAGGUUAUUCUAAUGUUAAUCUGCUUGUUUUGGAUCCUUUUAAGACAAAACAGAAAUGUCCAUGUUGUUCUCAAAAAUGUUGCCAGUCUGUCAAGAUGAUGAUCUCUAAAGCUUCCUUUUUUUUUUUACAUUGUUCAAUUUAACUGUGAUCCUAACAGAUCUUAGCAGAAAACGUAAGAAAAUAAUUUGAUCAGCAGAAUCUGACACAGAUAAUAACAUGUUGAGAUUGGUACAUAACACUACAUCCUGUAUUUGAACAUCAGGCAUGGUGACCAUAACGCAGAGCUCAGCUCCAUUUAGGGGAACCUCCCUUUGCAGGGCUUCGUGUUCUAAAAGUACACACAGCCCGUGAUCUCACUUGAACAACUUUAGUGAUGUGAAUGACAAAAUGAUCCAUAAAGGGAAGUUUAUAGUUACAUGUUUAUUGCAGAGUGAUACAUUCAAAGGCACUUCUCUGUUACAGCUCUGUUACUGAUAGUGAAUAGCUGCUUUAAACAUAGCUGUCUGCUGUGUUUUACUUUUUUUUAUUUAACCUUUAUUUAACCAGAUAAAAGAUUCAUGGAGAUCAAGAUCUCUAUCACAAGGGUGACUGGGCCAAGAAAGGCAGCAGCACAUCAUAGUGGACAAGACAAACAUUAAAAAUAUGUAAAUGCGAGCAAUUUUGGCAAUUAAAGUGCAAGAGUUAUUGCUACAUUAACAAUAAAAAGUUUAAAAAGAAUAACAGUAUUUCUUUAAACAAAGCACUGUGCAUGUGCCAAUUUGUUAUUGGUGGUCAAGCCUUUGUGGCAAUCUUUAUAAAUAAAAUUCCUUUUACUUUAAACUGUACUGGAGAUUUUGAAGGCAGGUGACUUAGCCAUAAAAGCCACAACAGCUUGCUGCUGUGUACGAAGUCCCAGUAUGACAUAGUACCAGUGGGUCCAGGUUUAAGCUUGCAAGCUAAUGGCCCUUUUCCAUUUGUACCUACUCAACUCGGCUCUACUCAACUCUAGAUGGUUCAGGUCAUUUUCCAUUACAAUUGAAUACCACCUCAAUGUAGGUAGUGUCAUCACAGCAAGGUGGCCCAGAGUUUGAAAAGUAAUGUUAUAUGAGUUGUAUGUGAUACAAACUAAACGCAACAAUGGCGGAAAUGGAAGCAAUGGUGCUUCCUGCUGCUCAGUGUAUGGCAUUUAGCCAGAUUCCAAGUAAAAGAAGAUGGUAGCGGCAAGAUGAAACACACUGGAUAAGUGUAGGAGAGAGAGAAGCCUUGGAGCAGUAUCAAACCGGUUGUUACGAGCUAGAUGACGUGUGAGGGUAAACUAAUGAUACCUGAUGCUAGCUUGUUAUGGUGGUCUUAUACACAAUAAGCCCAGCGUACGAUUUAAUGGUUAAUUAGUUAUCUUAACAUGUAUGCUGUGUGUAUUUCAGAGGGCUGUCCUGUAGCAAAUUUAUGGCUGCAAACCAUCAGUCUGGGUGUUUACCAGAGCCUCCCAGUGGUGGGUUUUUGUUCCAGGGUUCAGGGAAGUGCAGAACUUCAGGAUGUCUAUCAAACAAAUGUUUGCAGCAACUCAUGACUCUCACUGAAUGUAUGUCCUUAAAUAAGAGAUGGGCAUUGCUCUGUGGAAUCUAGCUAACGGCUCAGACUACAGGAGCAUCUGGGCUUAUUUUUGGAGUCAGCAUCACUGUGUGCAGAAGAUUUGUGCAGCUGCAGAUCUAAAAACAUUCAGUUGCCUUCCCAGCCCUGAGCCCAAACAUGAAUCUCACUAUGAAUUUUGACAAUAAACUUUAGUUUUGUCCAUAUUACAAAGACUUUAUGAGAAAUGAAAUGCUACAAGAAAAUUAUGAACCAUAAAAUAGUCGGUUAAAACUAAUUAAAACUAAUUAAAUUCCAUUUAUUACCAGCGUAGUAUCAGGAAAUUCAGAUGUCAAUAAGGCACAGAAUUCCUUGAUAUAAAGGUGCUAUCACUGAAGAGUAUGGUUUUGUCUGAACUGGCAGUGUUGAAGCCAUAAAUGGGGCAAAAGCAGGGGAGCUUGGAGGGUCCAAAUUAAGACAGGUGAAAGAAUACCCCUCGCAUGUACAGAGGUUGGACAAUGAAACUGAAAUACCUGUCAUUUAAGUGUGGGAGGUUUCAUGGCUAAAUUGGACCAGCCUGGUAGCCAGUCUUCAUUGAUUCCACAAUGCACCAGUAAGAGCAGAG